GCGAAAGCUGAGCUCACCUCAAUUGACCUGCCGUUUUUUCCACCCCCCUCCUCCUCCUCCCUUCCCCUCCUUUCUCCAGCCCCGUUGCAUGAUGGUUAAAUAGCCUGGCCUCGGAACCCGCCAUUUUCUGUUGGGGCUGGCGGGAAAAGCGGGGAAGGGAGCGCAAGAGCAGCGCGAGCGCCGCCGCGGGACGACCAACGGCUUCCAACGGCCACUGACGCGCGCGAGGCGGACACUCAGCAGGUUUCCUGUGUUCUAAGGAUCACCCAAGAUGGCUCGUACCAAGCAGACCGCCCGUAAAUCCACUGGUGGGAAGGCACCCCGGAAACAGCUGGCCACUAAAGCCGCUCGGAAAAGUGCGCCCUCCACUGGUGGAGUGAAAAAGCCUCACCGCUACAGGCCUGGCACUGUGGCGCUGCGAGAGAUCCGGCGGUACCAGAAAUCCACAGAGUUGCUGAUCCGCAAGCUGCCAUUCCAGCGCCUGGUCCGUGAAAUCGCUCAGGACUUCAAGACGGACCUUCGGUUCCAGAGUGCUGCCAUCGGAGCUCUCCAGGAAGCCAGUGAGGCGUACCUCGUGGGUCUGUUUGAAGACACCAACCUGUGUGCCAUCCACGCCAAGCGGGUCACCAUCAUGCCAAAAGACAUACAGCUGGCCCGCCGCAUCCGUGGCGAGCGAGCUUAGAGCCUGCUCUUCCCUCCCCCCUCAUCCAAGCAGCCCCCCUCCCUCCCCGCUUGUGCAGUGUACUAGAAUACACUCCAGGGUUUUUUUUGUUUUUUCGUUCCGUUUUUCUCUCCUCCUCCUGUUUGUAGUGGCUAGGACAUGUGAGGAAAAUGUUAGAUUAUCUAUCGUAGUACGUCUCCGAGAUCGGGAGACUUGAUUCCUAAUUCAUCAUGUACAAGCAAAAACAAAAAGAAACCCUUUGAAACCUGCAAGACUUCUGGAUGUUGUUUUUGUAAAAGUUUUUUUUUUCAGAAUCGCCAAAAAAAAAGGAAAAAAAACACCCAACAGGGGACACUUUUGAAAUAUCCAGUUUUGUACACACGAUUUAAGUAGAUAAUAUGCAUUUAAACGUGAAAUGGCUUCUUUUUUCGGGCUUCAGGUUGUAAAAUAUCUGCAACGAACACUACACGGCUUUUUCUUUUGUUAGCUGAGUCUUUUCUUUGUAUUUAGGAGUGCUUACCGAGACCUUUUUUUCCCUAUUUUUCCAUUAGUCUUGUGUCUGUGACCUUUGUAACAAUAGGGACUCACCUUGAGGCAGUAAGAAAAAAAAUAAUAAAUGUUGAACGACAA